UAAUGAAUUCAGAGCAGUUGAACCACCCAUGAUCUGAAGAGGCUUGCCCAGCUCACUCACUCACUCACUCCACCGCUAUAGCUAGUCUCUCUCACCUCAUCUUCUACACGCGUCCACCGUAUAGGUAGGCAGAAACAGCUAGCUUAGCACCGUCGGCGGGCCGGAAGGAGAUGCCGACGGUGCGGCGGCGGAACCCGGACGUGCACGUGAAGGCGCUGGAGGGCAUCGUGUCGGCCAACACCUUCCUCACGGUGGCCGUCUUCAUCGGCAUCACGGGGACCAUCACGGCCUCCUCCACGGUGCCGCCCAACUGCGUCGCCGGGGACGACAUCGCCCGCAACUUCUUCCUCUUCGAGAUCCUCUCCUUCGGGUUCUACCUGCUGUCCAGCCUGGUGGCGCAGGGCAUGAAGCUGUCCGUCACGCUGCUGGCCGCCGGCGACGACUUCUACGGCGACGGCGAGCAGAAGCCGGUCAUGACCGACGACUGCGAGGAGAUGCCGGCGUGGCGCGCGGCGGCUCCCCGGGAGCGGCGCCGCGCCGUGCUGCGCUACGCGCGGCCCAUGAUGCUGCUGGCCGCCGCCUGCUCCAUCAUGGGCACCUUCUUCCUGCUGCUCUCCAUGAUCGACGCCAUCCAGCUCAAGUUCGGGAUCCUGUCCUGCAACAUCCCGCUCGCCGUCGGCGCCACCUUCGCGCUCUCCGUGCUCGCCGUCUCCGGCCUGCUCUUCUACGGGUACACCGUCGGAUACGCGCUCUACAACUACCUGCCCUGACCGCGACCACUCACCCGCUUCCGCUUGCCCACCCACCUAACUCUUCUCUGCCUUUGUUUACUGUCUCCUUUUUUCACUUUUACAGUGCGAGGUUAAUAUAUAUUCUGGGAUUACUUAGUGUAAGAAGUAGUACAGCACAUAUUUUAUUGAAAGGAAUGGUACAGCAUUCGUUUCGAGAAAGUAAGGAGUGCAUUUGAAGAAA